AAGCAGUAAAAAUCACGAAAAGGAGACUUUGUCGUCCUUCCCACACAACGGGAACGCAUUGUGGGAUCACUCCGCACGGUGCUCAUCGAGACGAAGCUGCACCAAAAUAGUAAACAAAAGCCUGCCGAAGGAAAGGAAAGAAACCGUCUCCGGAUACUUUCCGGAGUACACCUGCGAAAGAACAGUAUUGGCCACAGCGCCUCAACAAGAACAAUAACAGAUUUCCAAAAAGGAUAACAGACAAAUAAAUCGUCGCAUGAUGGCGGCGCACAACUUGAGUGAUGAAAAAGUGCGCACCGCUGACGUCGCUUUGCACAGCAGCCUACUUUUCGAGCAAAUGCCUCUUUCCGACCCAGUGAAGCAGGCGCUGGCGCGGAACAACUUUAUCCAUCCCUCACCGAUACAGGCCCGUGCCAUUCCGCUGGCACGAUGCGAUUUCGAUCUACUCGUACAAGCUAAAGCCGGCACCGGAAAAACACUCGUCUUUGCCAUCACGAUCGUCGAGUCACACGAUCCGGAGGUGGGCUUCCCGCAGUCUCUCACGAUUGUGCCAACACGCGAAAUCGCCGUGCAGGUCGAGUCCGUGCUCAAUCGGAUCGGGGCGGAGGUGGCCAACUUUAAGGCACGCUCGUUCAUCGGCGGGAUGGAGAUCAGCGUCGAUCGGAAGAAUCUACAGAAUUGCUCGGCCGUCGUCGGGACGCCCGGGCGCAUCCUGCAUCUCAUCAAGAGCAACGUGCUCAACACCUCGUACAUCCGGACGCUGGUCAUGGACGAAGCGGACACCCUGCUGGACGCGAGUAUGCGUGGGGACAUCAACAAAAUCGUUGCCGCCCUGCCCGACAAGCGCCAGACGAUCGUGUGUAGUGCAACUUUUUACAACGACCGUGACCGGGAGUUGCUUCGGUACUUGAAUGAAAAGUUCAUUGGUGUCACGCCAAAACGAGAGGUUCCGCUUCUGUUUGGAAUCAAGCAAUUCGUGCGCGAACUACCGGACGAACCGGACAACAUCAAGGAUCUGCUGGCGAAGGUGGGCGUACUGAACGAAAUCUUUCGUCAGAUCACCUUCACACAGUGUGUGGUGUUUGCGAACACGACCGCCAAGGCGGAAACGUACUGCACCUACCUGAAGAAGGCCGGCUGGCCGACGGAACUGAUCAACGGUGGUAUGGAGCAGCGGUUACGGUUGAAAGCGAUCGACGAUUUCCGCUCGUUCCGGUCGCGCGUCCUCAUCGCCACCAACCUGAUCGCCAGGGGGAUCGAUGUAGAGAACGUCAAUCUGGUGAUCAACGCGGACGUGCCGAGGGAUAAUGCCACCUACUUGCAUCGGAUCGGGCGCGCUGGCCGAUUUGGUACGCGUGGGAUCGCCAUAACGCUCGUGUCGGGAGUGAAGGACAUGGAACGGUUCCGUCGCAUACUGCACGACAUCGGUGGAAACGAGAUGUUUGUGCUUAAGUUUCCUCGCGGUUCGUUGGAGGAUAUCUGGCAGUUUGACAAGUACGGUGACCGGUUCGAGAAGCUAUUCGCGUCGCGAAUGGAGCAAGAGAUACGCGACAAGGAUGCCGAUCAGUUGUUCCUGAAGGCGAUGAAAAUGCUCGACGAUACGGCACAGGCCGGGGGCGAGCAGAAGCAGUCGAAUGGUGACCCGAGUGGUGGUGGUGAGGGUGUGAAGCUUGAUGAUAGCCUUGAGAAGUCUACCUCGGACGAGGAAACGGUAGUCGAGGUCGGAAUGGAAGAAAAUCCCAACGGUUGCCUAGCAAAUGAAAGAGUGGAGGUGAACGGAAAUGGAACGUCCAUGGAUGGGCUUUCGGUGUCAAUGGAAAAGCUUAGCCUCGACCGGGCUCAGCAAACGAACGGCGAUGAGCCGAAGGGCGGCAAAAUACGGCUCGAUUCGUUAAACGGCAACCGGAAGAAGCGCCCCGAACACGACAACGACAAUGAUGAUGAUGAUGAUGAUGACGGCGAGGAAACGGACGACGAUGAUGAUUCGUCCGCACCCAAACCUGGUCCAUCGGGGAAGAUCGCCGGCACCAGUCUGAAGCCAAAGUCGUCCGAUUUCGACGACAUGCUUCUGAUGGUGUCCAGCAUAUGCGGCGAUCGGGGUGGCCUCUCGACACCCGUUCCGGAUCCGCUCCCUGGCGAAGGUGCCAUCGGGACUACUCCGAAUGGGACGGCAAUCGUACGGGCUACACGUGUCGAGACCGAGUCCGACCUGGAAAGCAGCUCCUCGCUAAGCACGAACGUCACGGAGAAGGUGGAGGUUGGGUCGGAUUUUAACGCAUCCAUGUCGCGGUUGAAUCAAAUACCGGAUCCACGCUUCCGGCAGGUCGGUUCGGUCGACUGUUCCGACCUCGAGCACAGCUCGAGCAGCUCGGACAGUGAGUCGAACGGCGGUGCCGACUGUCCGCCGUUCGAGGCGAACAAUGAUGCGCUUUUUGCGAAAAUUAUGGAACAAAAAGAGCUCAGUGUCGAGCAACAGGAACACGCGGUGCAGUUGCACUCGAUCGAUGGCUGCAGUCUGGAGGUGCACGACGACACGAUCAGCGAUCGGGGGCUUUCACGGAAGGGCACCGUGCCGGAUGUGGUCCCGUGCGGGAUUUCACUCGAUCCAUCUCGGCUGCACGGUGGUAAUCGGUCUAUCUGCGGUGGGGAGAUUGGGCUUCGCGGAGGGGGCAGUGGCGUCGGAAGCGGCGGUGGCGUUGGUGCUGGUGGCCAGGACGAUGGCGAAGGAGAGGAGAUCGAGUUGAACUCUAACACGUGUGGCUCGAACCGGGGCUCGAUUUUCGAGGAGGAAGAGGAGGUCGAGGACGUCAUCCAGGCGAACAUCCCCAAGCGACGCAUCCGUUUCCAGCAGCAGGAUUCACUGGAGGUCAACUCAAACACUGUCGGCUCGAACGUUGGCUCCACGCCGGAGCCACCGGAAAUGCUUGAUCAGCUGGAUCAGCAACUGCCAAUCAUUGCGAUCGCGGCGGACCCAAUCAUCGUAGAUCGGGCGCAUCACCACGACGACAUGAUGGAGGACGCCAGUUCCUACUCCUCGUACGACAGCGACGGCUCCAACUCGUCUUUUUUCGACGACGUCGAUCGGGUCUCGGUAACGUCGGCGAAAUCCACGCCCAAAGAGACGGUGGAUGGUGGUGGCAACGACGUGCUCAUGGCGGGUGCGGUCGGAGGAAGCCUCGAGCAGAUCGUCGUCAACUCGAACUCGGUCUCGGUAGCGGCCUCACCGCACCUGUUCGUCCCUAGCGUUCCCACGCCACCGCUCAUCAUAAGCAGCAGCAUCGGACUCGCGGGCGCAGCAGGAAUCCUUGGACCAUCGACCUCGACAAUGGGCACAACGGUUGCACCGGUCCCCAUUUCCCUGCCGCCAACCGUUAGCAUCGUGCAGCCACCCAUACUACUACCGCCGACGGUGGCACCGGAAGAAGCGGAACCAAUCCGCUCACCGACCACCACAUUCACACGUCUCGAAAGCAUCAGGCCAACGGCCGGUGGAUCGGCAACCUACCACCACACACACGCCGCACCCUUACGGCAACGCCCAGUAACCGAUGGGCACGCGACGGCCCUCUACCACCGGGUUUACUCGCUGUGGAGCAAUCAGUACUGGAACCAGCUGACGCAGAUCAACGAUUACGUACGAUUUUCCAGCUACGCCCGGCGCAACACUUACCGAAGUCCGUGAAGCGGCACCAAGAGCCAGUUCCUCCCAGUUUUACCCUUCGUAUCCCAGUGGGUUCGGGCCGCGCAACAAAAAAACAACAAACUAUCCCACAGAAAGGGAAUGGAAACCUACGGCAAAUUUGAAUUUGUGAUCUGAAUGUGAAUUUUCCUCGCCCGGCGAGAAAGGGACACGGGGAAAUGUUGAGCCUGCACCUUACCUUUAUCUUUACUACUUGUAACCACUUGCAAAACGUGAACGCGAAAGCGAAUACUUAGAAUGUAGCUAGAGAGAUAGAUUGCGAGAGAAUGAGAGAGAGAGAGAGAGAGAGAAAAAAAAGAGAAUUAAGCAAUUAAUUGCCAGACAAACUUUAGCAGAAAGCCCAAUUA